CUUGUGUAGUUUUCAGGACGUAUUACACAGAUUGUGUGACGUAAUACGCAUGUUUCUGCUCUGUCAGUGUGUCGAUUGUUGUUUUUAGAAGCAUUCAGUGAACUGAACAGGUACACGAUGCUGCGUCUGCGCUGCAAGGCCAAGAACGGGACCCAUCUGAUGCAGGGCCUUACACACCAAUCAUGUGUUCAGGAGCUUAAAGAUAAGAUUGAGGAGCUAACUGGAAUACCAUGUGAUGUACAGAAGAUCAUGGUAGGCUACCCUCCGUCCAGCCUGGAUCUACGCAAUGGAGAAGCCAACCUCAAAGAUUACCCCAUCACAUCAGGAGACACGCUGAUUGUAGAGGAGGAGAAGAACAAACCCAAACCCCAGUCACAAACCACUGUUACCAAAAGGCCUAGUCUUGACCUGUCCCCAAUUCUAGAGCGGCACGUCGUCCCUGCCGACAACUCUUGUCUGUUUACCAGUGUGAACUACAUUAUGGAAGGAGGUGUUUACGACCCUGGGUGUGCACCUGAAAUGCGUGCGCUCAUCGCAGAGAUUGUAGCUAGUAACCCCACCGCGUACUCAGAGGCAGUAUUGGGCAAGACUAAUGAGGACUAUUGCUCCUGGAUCCGUCGCGAUGACACGUGGGGAGGCGCUAUUGAGGUUUCAAUCCUCUCAAAGUUCUACCAGUGUGAGAUCUGCAUCGUUGACACUCAGACUGUGCGUGUCGACCGCUUCGGCGAGGAUGCAGGUUACACUAAACGAGUGCUGCUAAUUUAUGAUGGGAUUCAUUAUGACCCACUCCAGAAGGUGGUGCCCAAUUCAGAUAUUCCCGCACAGACUGUUUUCUCCACCACUGAUGAUAUAAUUUUGGCCCAAGCGCUGGAGCUUGCUGAUGAGGCGCGGAGGAAACGUCAGUACACAGACGUUAACCGCUUCACGCUGCGCUGCAUGGUGUGCCAGACUGGCCUCGUGGGGCAGAAGGAAGCAAGGGAACAUGCCAAGGAGACCGGCCACACCAACUUCGGGGAGGUGUGACGCUCUUCGCUCUGUUUUUGAAAUCACCCCCACCUUUGCCGCAUCACUGCCACACCACCUGACAUGGUACCUGCUCUUUCUCUGCUGCCUGUUCCAGCUUGGUACAGUCCUCUACCUCACAUUGUCUAGCGGCUUCGGAAGACUCUCACGUGUCGAGUUCCCCCAAUAAUUCAGUAUUCUUUUAACUUUGGUUUACUCUUGAGGUUGAAGUAUUAAAUAUGCUCGUGUUUUUGAAUCUAUUGCCAGAUAUGAUGACAAAGCCGUAUCUUCAAAUCAAAUUUUAAAGGGAUUCUCCACUGACUACCUUAUACACAAUACUAGUAUUAGGGAGAAUUUCGCAAAACACAUCCAGGUCAUAUUUCAUUGCAGAAUCAAAGAAGGGAAAAAAAAGAAAGACUGUGUAUGAAAUCACAAUUCAAAAAAUAAUUUUAAUCACGAUUCAAGAAAAUUAAUUUAACUGUUAAUUAUUAACAGGCAUCCUAAGCUAUAUGUGUGUUUAUAGUUAUUGAUGCCUAUUUUCACAAUUCUCACCAUAAUUCUCAUUUAAUAUUAGUAAUACAGUACGAUAUUAUAAAAGUAUUCAUACAUAGUAGCAUUAAAGUUAGGCUGCUUUUAUAUUUUAUAGCAGUCAUUUAAUUGGAAAAUAAGUAACUGUAUUACAUCUAAUAAUUUAAUGAAAAUGUCAUGAAAAUGAUGUUAAAAAUAUCUUUAUUCUUUUUUUUCACUGUUAAAAGUGACCUCACCCAUGACCUCAUGUAAACACUUUUCUGUCGUCUGCAGCUCAAAGAUGUGUGAGGAACAGCUGUUUAACAGUGCUUGCUAAACUCUUGGUAGUAUCUAACAAAUAAUGAAACUUUAAACAAGUGAUCGCAUAAGGCAUAAUUGUUAAUUUUUAACAUUAAUCAAGUAUGUUAAUCUUUUCACACACAAAGUGCUUCUGUGGCCAGAGUAGAAUUGAAAAAACGGUGGAGCACAGCUAAAAACAUGCCUUCCAUGAUAUCUAAUUUACUCAUGGCAUUACGGUAUUUAUUAUAUUAUCUGUCUUUUUAAGGUCAUACGCACAGCUUCUGAACAAUCGAUGGCAUUAGAUGAAGUCUUAAGUUCACUGGCUCCAUUGUACCUGUUACUUGAAAUGGUCACAUAGAUCAAGUGUCGACUCUGAAUACUCGAUGCGGUAUUUACACAUUUUCAGUAAGCUAGUUAGCAAGUAAGCAUGGAUUUUAAGCUGAAGUGGACAACAAUGGUGCUGAUAGUAGAAUCUCACUGAACUACUUUGUGAAUCUGUAGAUUUUGUUUUUCUUUUAAGGACAUUUGUCUAAUUUCUGCAAAUGACCACACGAGAUUGUUUUAUGCAAAACGUGUUUAUUCUCUCUCAAGUGACUAUGACAUAUUGUUAGGAAGAGUGAUUGUAGUGAUUUUCGUUUUACAUUUUAAGUGAUGAAAUGUUUCAUAUUGAACUUUUUCCUGCUUACAGGGCCGAUAUUAGAGAUUUAGUGUAGCAAAUUAUCAUAGCAUUAGAGUGUGGAUGAACUUUAGAGAGAAAACAUCUUGUCUGAUGAUAAUGAUGAUGAUGUACAUUCCCAGUAUUUUUCAGUCAGGUACUAUCCACACUGUUGUUUACUUGUUUGCAGACUUUAUUUUGAAGAAAUGGUGCCAUUGUUAGGCUAAAGGACUUUUUUUUAUUUUGCAGUGAUUUUUCUAAAUUUCUGUGAUCAGUGUUACACUAAGGGGCCGUUUACACGACAAUGUUUUCAGCCAAUAACGGGAAACUUUGUAUGCGUUUUGAGUCUGUUUGUUCACACGAUAAUGGCACUUUGGGGACUUAAAACACAUGUUUUUGAAAACAGGUUUCAAGGUGCAGGUAUUUGAAAACGCCACCAUUAUCGUUUACGUGUAAAAACCCUUUUAUCUUUGAAAACGGUGACGUCAUCCGCGUGCAUAGUACGUGUUAGGUAUGUAGACAUGCGCAGUACGUGUUAAUUUUAAAGGCAAGUGCGAACAAACAUACUCAACAAUGGCGGAGUACAUGGUACUGCUGUUGCUGCUUAAGAGUUUGCUAACGCUUCUUCAGCAAAGUGUGAAUUUACUUCACCAAUAUUACAACCAACAGCGGAGACGCAUCAUAUACAACAUAUAAUCUUCACUUCCCUACAGGUACUGUUUACUAACAAGGUGACAGCGCCAACUACUGACCUGGUAUACGUAAUACAGUAUUUUUGGCCAUUUUUGCAGAAUUGUCUUAACGCGAAUCAUUUUGAAAAUGUUGUGUAUACUUGAAAAUGUUGUGUAUACGUGAAACCUUUUAAAAACGCAAGGGAAAAACUUUUACGUUUUUGACAUCAUCGUUGUCAUGUAAACGUAGCCUAAGGUAACUUUGAGUGAGAAACUGCAUGUACAUCACUCAUUGCUACAAAAUCACUGGUUUUACUGGGUAAUGAUUAAUAAACUUGAAUUGAUAUAAAUA